AUGAGUUCUGCUUUAGGCCUUCCAAAACCAGGGGCUCUACCAAAACUGCCUCCCAUCAAGUCCGGUCUGCUGGGACUACUGCCCCAACUGGGCACCAACUUCCAGGGCCUUCUGUGCCAAGACGCCAAGAACCACAAACGGAGAAGUAAGAAAAAGCGUUUAACGUUGACUCCAAUGGAGAAAGAGGAGCACCUGCAGGGAGCACAUCCAGAAACUACCAAAGAUAUUAUAGGAAAGAAUAAUGCUGAGAAUGGGCAAUUAUCAUUCCAAAAACAUAAAGCAGUAUCAGAGUUGGAAGAAGAUGUAGAGUCAGAGGACCUUUUGACGGUCAGCACUCUUCUUCCACCACUGCCUUCACUUCCACGGGACAAAGUCGGCCGACAAAAGAGCAACGACCAAAAGAUAAGUUUUGUUCCAAUGAAAAAGAAAGAACAAGAGUUUGAUAUGGAAACUGCAAAACCAGAGAAAAGGCCUCGCUCUUUCCUAAAAUCCAGACCCAAAUUGUCUCAAGAAAGUGACGUCAAGAGAGACACGAGUGAAGACGACUUUUUGGAGCUUUUAGAAUCCAUGAACAUUGACAUUGCAGAUCUUGCAGAUGUUCUACAGGAUGCAUCAGCCUCAGAAGGAGAAAUAAUAUGUCAGGCUUCUUCUCCACAACAUGACGAGACGGAUCAUGAGGCCGGUCUAGACUUUCUGAACACUUCUCUGGACCAAAGCUAUGAAGAAUGGUUGAAACUCCAACCCAACACUGGAGCACUUGUGUCCGGGUGUGAUUUGGAAUCCGACAGUGAGAAGCCUGCACCGCCAGCGACAUCUCCAGUGAGUUCAGAAGCAUUCAACAAGUCUCAGGAUGAGCUGGAGAAGUUCGAAAAGGAGGAGGAGGAACGCCUGGAGGCCGAGAGCAAAGACAGACUUGAGUCUCUGCAAGGAAAAAGGCAAGCGGAAGAGAAAAGGAUGAAGGAAGAAUCUGCAAAAGAGUUAGAAGAACUCCAAGAGACUCUCAAAGCAGAUCGCAAACGGCAAGAGCUUGAAAUACGGAAAGAAAACACUGCUAUACUUGAAAUCAAGUCCAGUCUGCUGGGAUCACUGCCCACACUGGGCACCAACUUCCAGGGCCGUCUGUGCCAAGAUGGUAAGAACCCAGGAGAAGUCCGUAAACCGAAAAGCAAGAAAAAGCAUGUGACGUUUGCUCCGAUGGAGAAGAAAGAACAAGGGUUUGAUAUGGAAACUGCACAAUCAGAGAAAAGGCCUCGCUCUUUCCUAAAAUCAAGACCCAAAUUGUCUCAAGAACGUGACGACGUCAAGAGAGAUGAGACAAGUGAAGACGACGGAUUGGACCUUUUUGAGUCCAUGAACCUUCAUAUUGACACUGCAGAUCUUGCAGAUGUUCUACAGGAUGGAUCAGCCUCAGAGGGAGAAAUAAUAUGUCAGGCUUCUUCACCACAACAUGACGAGGCGGAUCAUGAGGCCGGUCUAGACUUUCUGAACACUUCUCUGGACCAAAGUCAUGAAGAAUGGUUGAAACUCCAAUCCAACACUGGAGCACCAGGAGGUCAUGUAUCUCAGGAAGAAAGCUCAGAGCUGGGGUUAGUUUGUCCGACUCCUUCAAGUCACAGUCCACUGCCACCUUCACCAACUCCUUUAUCAUGGAUGGAAGAUGAGAUUCUGACAAACGUAAGUGCUGAGUCCAUGUAUGAAUCUGAUUUUGAAUCCGACAGUGAGAAGCCUGCACCUACAGCAAUAUCUCCAGUGAGUUCAGAAGCAUUCAACAAGUGUCAGGAUGAGCUGGAGAAGUUCGAAAGGGAGGAGGAGGAACGCCUGGAGGCCGAGAGCAAAGACAGACUUGAGUCUCUGCAUCAGUCACUGUUGGAAAAAAGGGAAGCAGAAGAGAAAAGGAUGAAGGAAGAAUCUGAGAAAGCGUUAGAAGACCUUCAAGAAACCCUCAAAGCCGAUAGAAAACGGCUAGAACGUGAAAUACGGGAAGAAAAUAACAUUAUUCUUGAGAAGGUGAAGACUGAGUUGAAAGAAGAAGUGGCCAAAAAUGUUCAGAAACUCAAAGCUCGUAAGAAGAAAGGAUUGGAACAUCUGCAGGCGGAGCUCGAGGUGGAGCUGACGUCAGAGAAAGAGAGAUUGCAGACACUGAAGGCCAAACAACAGGACUCGUUGAUGCGAGAAAGCAGAGAGUCUUUCACAUCUGUACGUCAGGAAAUGGAGCAGGAACAGAGGCGUACGUUGGAGCGUCUGAGAGAAGAUCACGGGAAAGAGAUCAGAAAACUCCAAGAGGAAAAGGAUCUUCUAAAGGAGCAGCUACUUUCUUGCCUCAACCGGGAGAAGGAAGAAUCUGCAAAAAAGUUGGAAGAGCUUCAAGAAACCCUCAAAGCCGAACGAGAACGGCAGGAACGUGAAACACGGGAAGAAAAUGACUCUAUUGUUGAGAAAGUGAAGACUGACCUGAAAGUAGAAUUGGCCAAAACCGUAGAGAAACUCAAAGUUCGUAAGAAGAAACGAUUGGAACAUCUGCAGGCGGAGCUCGAGGUGGAGCUGACGUCAGAGAAAGAGAGAUUGCAGACACUGAAGGCCAAACAACAGGACUCGUUGAUGCGAGAAAGCAGAGAGUCUUUCACAUCUGUACGCCAGGAAGUGGAGCAGGAACAGAGGCGUACGUUGGAGCGUCUGAGCGAAGAUCACGAGAAUGAGAUCAGAAAGCUCCGAGAGAAACAAUCAGAGGAAAAGGAUCUUCUGAAGGAGCAGCUUCUUUCUCGCUUCAACCAGGAGAAGGAACAGCGAGAGGAGUGUCUCACUCUCCGUCUGCAGGAACUGGACUUUCGACAUGAGGCCGAAGUUCUAAAAAGGCAACGGGAAAACUCAGACAAGAUGUUGGAGCUGAAGGAGUUGCCGACCGAGCUGGAGGUGAGGCAUAACCAUCUGGAGAGCCAAGACGCCGGGCUCAAGGCGAAGGUGGAGAGGCUGAGUCAGAGAAUGAGUUAUUUAGAAGAAAAAGACAAAGCAGAAGAGAGAAAGUCUUUUCCCACACUUAAGAAGGAGGUGGAAAGAGAACAUCGGUACGUGACAUCAGACUGUCGAUGUGACGUUUCUCUGGAGCUUCUGGAGAAGACCAACGACGAGCUGAGAACUUGUCGCCAGGAGAGAGAGAACCUGGUGACGAUGGUGGACCAGCUGCAGAGACGGUCCGACAGACUGAGCUUCACAAUGAACCAGUUUGAGACCAGUUCCUUACGAUCAGACGUGAAACACUCUUCCAGGUUCAGUGAGGAGCCGGACCAUGUGGGGUCUCCUCCUCUGUCCAGUCAAGUUGACGUCCACCACAGAACCAGACUCUUCCUGAAGUUAGAAGCAGACAGACUGGAGAGAGAGAACUCGAGGUGGAGAGAGUCGCAAACACCAAGUUCAAGGUUCUUGUCCUCGUGGAGUAAAUACAGGACCGAGAAUGCACACAGCGGCAUCGCGGAUCUAAGCAGCAGAGGAUACCUGUCCAGAGUCCUCCGUAACUACACGGCUCGUGCGUGUGACGGGAGCGUGUUGAGCGUGUCGUGUCCGCCGCGCUCCUCCAUCACGGUGCAGUCGGCUUUCUACGGCGUCAGAGGCUCCGACACUCACCGCUGCCCCCCCUCUCCUCAGGCCGUUCUGGGGUACUACAACCAGGACCAGGAGGAGAGGCUGUGUACCAUGUCCACCGCACUGCAGAAGAUGUUGGAUGAGUGCCAGGACAGACGGAGUUGCCAGGUUCUGAUCCACAGUCGAGUGUUUGGCCCAGACCCGUGUCCGGGAUCCAGGAAGUACCUGCUGCUGUGGUACAAGUGCAGACCCAACGAGUACAAGUCGAAGGUUGUGUGUGAGGAGGAGAAGCUGAGGCUGAGCUGUAAGAGGGGGAUGCAGAUCCACCUUUACUCCGCGAUGUUCGGACGCACUCAGCAGGGGGCGCUAGAGUGUCCCGACCACCACCGGAGAGGGCCCUCUGUGGAGUGUCAUUCCGCAGUUGCCCUGCAGGGGGUGUCGUCUCUGUGUCAGGGCCGUCAGCGCUGUGUCCUCGUGGCCUCAACUCAGGAGUUUGGAGAACCAUGUUACCCAGGAACCAGGAAGUACCUGAGUGUGAUAUACACCUGUGCUCUCUCACCCACAGCUCUCUCACCCACAGCUCUCUCACCCACAGCUCACAGCUCUCUCACCCACAGCUCACUCACCCACAGCUCACUCACCCACAGCUCUCUCACCCACAGCUCACUCACCCACAGCUCACUCACCCACAGCUCUCUCACCCACAGCUCACUCACCCACAGCUCUCUCACCCACAGCUCACAGCUCUCUCACCCACAGCUCACUCACCCACAGCUCACUCACCCACAGCUCUCUCACCCACAGCUCUCUCACCCACAGCUCACUCACCCACAGCUCACUCACCCACAGCUCACUCACCCACAGCUCUCUCACCCACAGCUCUCUCACCCACAGCUCUCUCACCCACAGCUCUCUCACCCACAGCUCUCUCACCCACAGCUCACUCACCCACAGCUCACUCACCCACAGCUCUCUCACCCACAGCUCUCUCACCCACAGCUCUCUCACCCACAGCUCUCUCACCCACAGCUCACUCACCCACAGCUCACUCACCCACAGCUCUCUCACCCACAGCUCACUCACCCACAGCUCACUCACCCACAGCUCUCUCACCCACAGCUCACUCACCCACAGCUCUCUCACCCACAGCUCACAGCUCUCUCACCCACAGCUCACUCACCCACAGCUCACUCACCCACAGCUCUCUCACCCACAGCUCUCUCACCCACAGCUCUCUCACCCACAGCUCUCUCACCCACAGCUCACUCACCCACAGCUCACUCACCCACAGCUCUCUCACCCACAGCUCUCUCACCCACAGCUCACUCACCCACAGCUCUCUCACCCACAGCUCACUCACCCACAGCUCACUCACCCACAGCUCACAGCUCACUCGCCCACAGCUCUCUCACCCACAGCUCUCUCACCCACAGCUCUCUCACCCACAGCUAA